AUGACAACGUGGCGCAAUUUGAGUGUGUCUAUACAUGGACCAGAAUAUUUUCUUCACUCUUCUGGCUUCGCCAGACGCUAAUGGCGGAUAGAGGAGCUCUUUUGUUACCGCGAGCUUCUAUCAUUCUUAGUUUCUCAAACCUCCAUGUCUGGCAAUUCCAAAACCCUAGAUCUUAUCUUCUCUCUCGUUCUCAUCUUCUCUGUUUCUCUUCUUCACGCUCUAGAGUAGCUUCGGCGGAGAUAAUUCAGCUAAAUCGACGGAGAUUCAGCUAUAAAAUAUGCGCCGCCGCGGAUGACGGUAGGGGAUACCGUUUGACGGAAAGGGGGAAAAGGGGGAAGAAACGGCGGGAGCUUUGGGAGGAACUCUUUGAAGAUAAUGUUGAAGACGACGAUGACGAUGUUGGUGGUGGUAAUUUUGACCUGUGGAAGAUUUUAGAGGAAAUUGUAGAUAAUGUCUGGAUUUUAAAGGCAUUCAGAUCGUAUGGAUAUCUCCUGCCGUUCAUCAUCUUAUCGCUUUUCUUCAGCACCGGACCCAAAGCCUUCCUCGUGUCACUAUCCGUAGCCAUCGUGCCAUCAUUGUUGUUUUACGCAUUCCAGAAGUUGAUUGGUUGGGAUAAACGCAGAAAAACAUCUAUAGCAAAUCAAUUCGGGAUAGAGGAAGAAGAAGAAGAAGUGGAGAGAAGAAGUAGCAGGAUUCGAUACAGCCCAUCAACCGUUAGAAACAAUGUCAAUGGCCGCGGAGUUAACCGUAGUUCAGCUGGAUUGGCUUCUAAGUUUGGUGGGUGGGACGAGUUAGACGGGCUAGGUACCAUUCCCGAACAGCGAACAAGCGAACCGAAGAAGAAACCAUUAACGAAGAGGAAGAGAGUAAGAAGAGAAAAAGCAGCAGAACCAUUGUUGUUGAGAUUAUUGGUGUCCUUGUUUCCUUUCUUAAGCACUUAAACAUGCUUAAGUGAAAAAGAAAAACAAAGAACAUUUCGGUAAACCGAAAACAAAACCAAGUUGUUCAAUCAAACCGAACCGAAAUCAGUUAAAAAUAGAGAAUAAUUAAGAACC